AGCUCCCACAGGAACUUAGACAACUUUGAAAAAAUUUCCAAAAUGAUGUCCUCGCGUGGUCAUCGGCGCACUGCAUUGGAAUGCAGGAACAAAACAAAAAGUAUGCGGUUGGAGUACAAGCGCGUCAUGGCACACAAUUCCACUUCUGGAAACGGCCCCAUUACAUGUCCUUUUUUUCGUGAGCUGGACAGUAUUCUAAGAGGGGACGCAAGUGUUAAACCUAAACGGAUAGCGCGAAGCAUUUCUUUUGCCCAAGGACCCCCGCAGAUAAGCGCCCCCAGGGAAGUGAUGGAGGGAUCGGAGGAACUCUUCUCGCACGACAUGCAGACGAUAGAUGCUGCACCGCUGUGGUGCUCUUCUCCAAAUCCCAUGGCAGCACCGCAGAACUCGUCAUCAUCCACCGAUGCCAGUGAAGAGGAUCUUGACCGCACCAUAGAUGGACUUGCUGACAAGGAAAACGACACUACAGGUGCAAACGCAAUGGAGGACGACGACAGUGAUUCAGACCUUCCCCUGGGGCAUCGUUCACGCUAUAACACGGCAGACGGGGCAGAUAACAGAUGCCUAGCAGAAGUUUCACCGGGAACAAGACUAUUCCAACUAAGAAACAGGAGACGCAGAAACGCAGCACUCUAUGGAGUAGCCGAUGAUAUGAUGCGCCGUUCUCGAGAGGAGCACAAUGUCCAGGUUUCCCAAUGGCGAACGGACAGAGAGAUGCUGUGCAGUUGGAAGGCUGAUGAGAACAAGAUUCAGAGGGAAUUCUUGGAUCACACUAAAAUGGAGAGUGAGAAGUUUGCCGAGGCCUGGAAACAGAACAUUUCGGUGAUGUCUGAUGCUGUGAACACUUUGAAGUCAUUGGGACAGAUGCUCGCCCAACAGCGUCAAAUCAUCCCCCCAACACACGAUUAUGGGCAAACCGCCCUACCUGCCUCACAGGCAACCCCGAAGAAGGCAGCAGCGAGGCGUUCCUGUGUUGGCAAAGCCAGGGAGAGGCUGACGCUUUGAGGAGCUAUGUUCUGCGUUGCCCUCCUUAUUUGCCACAUACCAUGGUUUUUGGCAGCAAAAUUCAUUUGACAGAUUCCAUUGCACUGGUGACCCCUUAAUGGUCUUUAUCUAUUGUAUUUGAAAUAAAUGUGUGUU